AUGGGUUCUGGACAAAUAAAGGGUAAUAAAGGUCAACCAUUUUUACAACAAACGAAAUUGGGGUGGGUAGUUAGUGGCCCAAUUCCUUCACAGGCUUAUUGCUACCAUUCUGGUCCCAGUUCUUGCUUUCUUUUAUCGGCCGAUCCUCUUCAGGCCAGUAUCGAAAAAUUCUGGAAAAUUGAAGAGAAUUGUAUUACGAUUCCUUCUAAAUACACUAAGGAAGAAGAAGAAUGUGAAGUCCAUUUUCAAUCUACCACAAUUCGCGACGACACUGGACGUUUUCAAGUGAGUCUUUCUCUUAAAUCUCAAAUUGCACAACUAGGCAAAUCUUAUGACAUAGCUUUUAAACGAUUUCUAUCAAUCGAAAGGAAGCUUCAGAAAAAUCCCAUUCUAAAACAAGCCUAUUGCGAAUUUAUGUCACAGUACAUUGAGCUUGGACACAUGUCUAAAAUUUCGGAUUUCGAACCUGAUUUUAAGCCACUCUUAUUGAAGUCAUUGACUCAUUUAUUGUGGUGA